UGCUGUAAAAAUCGGCAACAAAGAUUCCGCUCUGUUGUACACACGUGUCAGAUCAUGAUUCGUCUGUUUAACUGGUCCGAGCCUCCGUGUGUGACUGUCUCACAGAAUCUCACACGCAAUCCCAUCAGAUUCUACUCGCGACGUUUUUUUAUCAUCAGCAAGGAGGAAACGCUAAAACUUUGUCACAACAAGCUUUUUCCUACAAAGAUGGUGAUGAAAACAAAUGGAUUCGUCGACGGUAGUUUACCUGAUGAGCUGAAGAAAGUCCUUCGAUCAGUAGGAUCGGAGUGGGGAGAUGUGGUUGAUGACAUGGAAUCAUUGCAGGUGAUACCUUUGAAGGGGGCUAUGACUAAUGAGGUUUUCCAGAUAAACUGGCCUACAAAGUGUGGUAAUCUUGAUCGAAAAUUAGUGGUUCGGAUUUAUGGUGAAGGUGUUGAAGCUUUUUUCAACAGGGAUGAUGAGAUUAGGACUUUUGAGUGCAUGUCAAAGCAUGGACAAGGUCCUAGGCUUCUUGGCCGGUUUGCUGAUGGAAGGGUUGAAGAGUUCAUUCAUGCUAGAACACUAUCAGCUGCUGAUCUUCGUGACCAUGAAAUAUCUGCUCUGGUGGCUGCGAAGAUGAGAGAGUUCCACAAUCUUGAGAUGCCCGGUCCUAGGACUGUACUCCUCUGGAACAGGAUGAGGGACUGGCUGGUUGAAGCCAAAAGCAUGUGCUCUGCCAAAUGUGUGAAAGAAUUUCGUUUGGAUAGUCUAGAAGAUGAGAUCAGUAUGCUAGAGAAGGAGCUGUCACAUGACUAUCUAGAUAUUGGGUUUUGUCACAAUGACCUGCAGUAUGGUAACAUAAUGCUCGAUGAAGAGACAAGAUCAAUCACCUUAAUCGAUUAUGAGUAUGCAAGUUUCAAUCCUGUUGCGUAUGACCUUGCAAAUCACUUCUGCGAAAUGGUAGCGAAUUAUCAUUCUGGAACGCCACAUAUCUUGGACUAUAAUAAAUACCCAGGACUUGAGGAGCGCCGCAGAUUUGUUGACACAUAUCUAAGUUCUGAAGGGAAGCAGCCCAUUGAAGAUGAAGCGGUGCUACUACUUCAUGAGGUGGAAAGGUACACUCUGGCCAGCCAUCUCUUUUGGGGAUUAUGGGGAAUAAUCUCGGGGUAUGUAAACAAAAUAGACUUCGACUAUAUGGAGUAUGCUAGGCAAAGGUUUCGGCAGUAUUGGCUGAGAAAGAAAAGACUCCUGGGAUCCGCCGAUAACUAUGUAAAUGGACAUGUAGCGUACGGUACGGGAUCGGGGUAAUUCCUUGGUCAAAUCUAAGUAGGAAUGCAGCACUGGGCUGUUUUGUGUAGGGCACAGGCUGAUCCACAUCUUCUGUAAUUGUGUCAUGGUAUAUGCUUGCCUAGAUGUUAUUUUUCAAACAAAAGGAGUAAUUCUAUAGCAAAAUGAUUUCGUUAUCCAUAUAAAAA